UGGGAACCGUGCAGUUGACGUCUCGAUCGCAUCCCGCUGCUACUUGGCAACUUUCAUACACCCCUCUGGUCUUGUUUGGGAGGGGAGGUUACGCUUGGAAAUAUCUCUUUCGUCUUAUAAUCCUAAUAAUUCGCCGAUUCCCACUUUCUAUGACAGUUGCUGCGGCCGUUUCUUAGUCUGGUUAUCUCCUAAUCUAUAGUACCUCUCGUUACUUCCGCUCCUUUACUUUCACCAUGGUUCGUCUGAGGGAGAUUCCCCGGACGGCCACAUUUGCCUGGUCUCCCGGUGCUGCGUCGCCAUUGAUUGCUACCGGUACUCGGGCCGGCGCAGUUGACGUUGAUUUCUCCAACGAGACAUGCCUCGAGCUGUGGGACUUGGGCCUGGAUCGUCAGAGUGCCGGCGAAGAGCUGCAGCCUGUAGCGAAGCUUGAUACUGAUUCCGGUUUCAAUGACUUAGCGUGGACGCAAUCCGAGGAGAACACACGGGGAGUAAUAGCUGGCGCUUUGGAAAACGGAUCAUUGGACUUGUGGGACGCCGAUAAGUUACUCAAUGGGUCGAGUGACGCCGUUAUCUCGAGAACCUCCAAACAUUCAGGAGCCAUCAAGGCCCUCCAAUUCAACCCCAAACAUUCUAAUCUGCUGGCAACCGGUGGCGCGAAGGGAGAGCUGUACAUCUCGGAUCUGAACAAUGUCGCAAACCCCUAUCGACUCGGUGGUACCGCUGCACGCGCGGAUGAUAUUGAGUGCUUGGACUGGAAUAAGAAGGUUGCGCACAUCCUAGUUACUGGUAGCAGUGCGGGAUUUGUCACCGUUUGGGAUGUCAAGACGAAGAAGGAGAGCUUGACUCUUAACAAUAUGGGUCGUAAAGCUGUCAGUGCUGUUGCCUGGGAUCCUGAGAAGCCUACAAAACUCGUUACGGCGACACCAUUGGAGUCAGACCCCAUGAUCUAUGUCUGGGAUCUCCGUAAUUCUCAUGCCCCAGAAAGGGUUCUCAAAGGUCAUGAAUCCGGCGUCUUGUCGCUUUCGUGGUGCAGCCACGAUCCUGAUUUGCUUCUCUCUUCCGGAAAAGACAAUCGUACUCUUUGCUGGAACCCACAAACAGGUCACCCUUACGGCGAGUUCCCUGUCGUUACAAACUGGACCUUCCAGACUCGUUGGAAUCCCCACAACCCCAACUUCUUCGCUACGGCUUCCUUCGAUGGCAAGAUCGCGGUCCAGACUAUCCAAAACACCAGCACCGAAACUGCUCAGGCCAUCGCAGACCAGAACCAAGCGCUUGAUGGGGAAGAUUUCUUCGCAAAGGCACAGAGUCAGCCGCAGGUUUCGAGCUUUUCGCUCCCGAAGGUUCCUAAGUGGCUUGAGAGACCCUGUGGUGCCACUUUCGGUUUCGGAGGCAGAGUGGUUUCUGUCAACUUGGUAGAGAAGGGCCAGCGUGCUUCCAAGAUUAAGAUCACCCCGUUCGAAGUUGAUGAGGCUGUUGGACAGUCUACUGAGACCUUUGAGAAUGCUCUUAAGGAGGGCGAUCUUCGAAGCAUCUGCGAAACUAGAGCUGCAAACGCCCCCACUGAUGAAGAGAAGGCUGACUGGAAGGUCAUUGAGGCCUUGAUCUCUGAGGACCCCCGAAAGGGGCUUAUCGAAUACCUCGGAUUCCAGGAUCAAUCUGCUGAUGAGGCUGCCGAGAAGUUGGCUAACCUUGGCCUAGAUAAGGAGGAAACUAAUGGAGAGUCGCCCAAAGAAUCCCGCGGGCCGGGGGCGAAGAAGCACAGGCGCCUGCAAUCGAUGUUUGAUGCGAGCCCUGAAGAAGACAACUUCUUGUCCGACCUAGCCGCGUCAAAGGGAGCCAAGACUAACAACCCCUUUCGGAUCUUCAAUGGUUCUGAGACGGAAGCAGACAAGGGCAUCACCAGAGCAUUGCUCCUCGGCGAUUUUGAGAAGGCACUGGAUGUCGCUCUCAAGGAAGAUCGCUUGUCUGAUGCUUUCAUGAUUGCUAUUUGCGGUGGUCACAAGUGCAUCGAAAAGGUGCAGGAGCACUAUUUCUCCAAACAAACCGAGAGCCCGAACUACGUUCGCCUGUUAGCAUCCAUUGUUGGCAAGAACCUCUGGGAUGUUGUGUACAACGCCGACUUGUCUAACUGGAAGGAAGUUAUGGCAGCGCUGUGUACCUUUGCUGAAGAAAAGGAAUUUGCUGAUCUUUGCGACGCUCUUGGUGAUCGAUUGGAGGAACAAAUCCGGGCUACUAACGAUAAGAGCCUCCGCAAAGAUGCUUCAUUCUGCUUCCUCGCUGGUUCCAAAUUGGAGAAGGUUGUUGAGAUCUGGAUCGAGGAGCUUCGCGAGAAUGAGCAAAAAGCCAUUGAAACUGCUACGAAUGAUAACUCCUUCUCGAUCCAUGUGCGCGCUUUGCAGGGACUGAUUGAGAAGGUGACCAUCUUCCGCCAAGUCACUAAGUUCCAGGAUACGGAGCGUACAAAAGAGUCGGGCUGGAAGCUUAGCAACCUGUACAACAAGUACAUUGAGUAUGCUGACGUGGUUGCUACUCAUGGACGGCUACAGGUUGCUCAAAAGUAUCUUGAUCUUGUUCCGGAGAAGCACCCCGAAGCUGAAGUUGCAAGGAAUCGUAUACAGCUGGCCACGAGGCAACCAGCUGCUCAGAAGAUGCAGCCAGUGUCUACUGGUCGUGGAACACCACUGAGCAAGCCUCUCCCACCAACCAACGCAUAUCAGCCUCAGACCACAUUCACGCCGGUUGCACCAGCUGCAGCUCCUAGUCCUUAUCCUCCUGCGGCUCCUGCUUCUAACCCAUACGCGCCUCCUGCUACUGCUGCUCCCAAUCCAUACGCACCUCCGGCUCCUGCUACGAACCCUUACGCCCCGCCUGGUGCUGCGGCCACACCUCAGCCAACCAACCCAUAUGCACCAGUUUCCGGCGGCGGUUAUGCUCCUCCCUCGGGAUAUCAACCCACACCGCCACCGUCCUAUGGUGCUAAGCCCUUAGGUGGUUCAGUGCCUCCUCCGCCACGUGCGUCGAAUCAAUCUCCCGCUACUAUUACCACAUACACUACCGCCACCAAUCUCCCUGCUUGGAAUGAUCUUCCUGAAGGCUUUGCGAAGGCUCCGACGCCGCGGAGAGGAACUCCCGCCGGAGCUGCCGCACCAAUCAGUUCGCCAUUUCCGAACCAAUCCCCAUCUCUCAGCCAGGGACCUCCACCACCCGGGGCUCUGCCUACUCAGCGGACACCCUCGGUUCCCCCUCCGCCAAAAGGCACUGCACCACCUCCCCGGGUGACUUCUCCGCCUUCUGCUAUCCCGUCGGGACCUCCUCCGCCCUCAAACCCUUACGCAUCCUUACCUCAAUCUCCUCAGAUAACCCCCAGCACUAUGGCAGUACCGGCAGCAAUCCCCCGUGGCCCGUCUCCUUACAACACUCCGCCGACUAUGCCUCCACCGACUAACCGGUAUGCCCCAAGCCCAGCAGCUCAAGCGGCAAGCCCACAGUUUCAGGCGCGGGCUCCUGUUCCUCCCCCUCCUCCGGCAGCUGCCUCACCAUAUGCCCCCCAGCCUCCGGUAGCGAGCCAGUAUGCUCCCACUACGCCAACGUCGACUGCUCCUCCGCCAAUACAGCAAGGACCGCCUCCAGCUGCAGGCUCUAGGCCCGGCACGGCUUCUUCACCAAAGAAGGCGGCACCCGCGCCUCCCAAGUAUCCUCCUGGUGAUCGCUCCCACAUUCCUGCAGACGCCAUGCCUAUCUACGAGAUCCUCACGGCGGAUAUGCAGCGCAUCAAGGGCCGUGCGCCUUCAUCCUUCAAAGCACAAGUCGACGAUGCUGAGCGUCGGUUGAGCAUUUUGUUCGAUCAUCUAAAUAACGAAGAUCUGCUCAAGCCAAACACCGUUUCGGAUAUGGCAGACUUGGCCCGUGCCAUUCAGGCGCGUGACUACGACACCGCACGUGCUAUCCACGUCGAUAUCCUGACAAACAGAACCGAAGAAUGUGGUAACUGGAUGGUUGGUGUGAAACGUCUCAUCAGCAUGAGCAGGGCCACUCCGUAAAUAGUUGUGGCAUCCAAUCAACGUCUGGGGCAAGGUGAUGAGUAUUCGUAUGAGAGAGGAAUGUCUAUGCUUUCAUAUACGUAUUGUUGGUCUUCAGGCUAGACCAGUCGUGCGAUUUGCUCAGGUACUAGUUUUAGAAAUUGUUUCUUCUUGUCUAAAUGUUAUUAUGUUCGAUUGAUUA